AUGCACGUGAUACCACACACACCACACACUUCAAGUGCCAUACAUCCAGCAGAUAGUCCUGCGGAGGCUACAGCACCUUCUGAAGCCGGUCUCGGUUCAGAAGUUUCGCAAGCACAGAUAAAUAACAACAAUUUCGAGGUUUCCGGAGAUCGAGACGCAGGUGGCAACCAUUUGCCUAUUGAAGGCGAGCCAAUGACUGGCACUGUGUUCGAGCACUCGAUGUCAUCCAGGUGUCCCGAUGCUUUGACGCCUGAGGGGGAAUCAUUCAUCGUGCACAAGCUCGGACCUGACGUAGGCCCGUUCAGGAUGCAUCCUAACUACAACCACGUUGAGUCCGCCAUCUGGGCCCAUGGCCAUCGUGCUUUGGGCUGUUUGCUUAACGAUCCAGACAGUAGGGACUUCAUCGCAAUUGUAAGGGCAUGGAUGAUGGUGGCAGGAGAGAUGUUUCCUCCUGAAUGGCCAGGUCUGGAAGUACCCUUCCAACUAGCAUUUUAUCAACCAGAGUUCCAAACGAUUCGUCGCUGGCGGACUGAGCCCGAUCCGGUACUUAGGCAAUUACAGCUCCGCGUCAGUGCCGAAAAAUUGAUGAAUGAGUGGGCGCACAGGUUUCCGGUGCCCGAGAGUGAUCCCCAUGACUGGACAUUUGGUGUCGCAGCACAAGCACCUUCCGAGACUGGUAACCUUGCGGAUCUCGGCACACGGUCUGGAGGGCUGUCGUAUCUUGAGUACCAUAAUCGCGUGUUUUUCGUUGAUCGAGGUAGGACAGAUGGGGAGCAUGGCGAAAUUGUGGGAUGGCGGCGGCAGGGCCGGGGAUUCCAGUUCGCGAUCAACUUUGCUCGUCAACAAAGCAACCACUACAUGCUGAUCAAAUGCAGCUACUUUGGCAGAGGCUCUGGUAUGGGCAAGCUUCCGAAACAUACAACCAAGAACGUUACACGUCUUUCGACUUUCCGACGUGGCAGCAGCGUACGAAAAUCGUUAUGGGGUCAAAGCUGCCCUGGAAGAGUGGAGAAAUUUAGCAAGGCAGGAGGAUAG